AUGGAAAGACUUAAAGUGCUUAGGAAGAUGCAUCAGAUCUCUAUUAUAGCCAUUCUGGAACCUUUCUCAGACUGUACACAGGUUCAGACCUUUAAAUACCAACUUGCUAUGGACCAUGCUACGAGUAAUUGCAAUGGCAAGAUAUGGUUGUUUUGGAAUUUAGAGGUUGACUGUAAAGUAUUAGAGGAAGAUGAGCAACAAAUCACUUGUGAAAUUGCCCAUAAUGAGCUACAAACUCCUUUCACCACCACUUUUGUUUAUGCCAAAUGCAAAGACCAUCUUCGAAGACCUCUAUGGGACAGAAUGUUAGAUCAUGCUAAUGCCACCACCAAUUCCCCGUGGUGUGCAGUGGGUGAUUAUAAUGUUAUUACUUCCAUUGAUGAGAAACUGGGAGGAGUGCCUUAUAAUAUGGAAAAAAGUCUGGAAUUUAUUGCUGUGAUCGAAGCUUGUGGUCUUAUGGACCUUGGUUUCAGUGGACAGAAAUUUACAUGGUCUAAUAACAGGGGUAUACACAGCAGGGUUUGGAAGAGAUUGGACAGGGCCAUGGUAAAUGACCCUUGGCUAGAACAAAUGCCUCAAACUACUAUCAUUCACCUCCCAUCAGUAGGCUCUGAUCACUGCCCUUUGCUGAUGGAAAUGAAUAAUAGAAGUGAGGACCAUACUAAGUACUUCAAGUUCUUAAAUUGCUGGGCUGACCAACCUAAUUUCUUGGACAUUGUUCAAGCUUGUUGGGAUAGAGAGCAAGAAGGAAACAGCAUGUGGAAGUUUCAUCAGAAACUCAAAAGACUGGCACGUACUAUUAGUAGUUGGUCUAAGGAAGAAUUUGGUGAUAUUUUUAUCAAAGUCAAGGAGUAUGAGAACAGAGUUAAAAUGGCUGAAGAAUCCUUUAUACAAAACAAUUCUGAAGAAAACAGAACUGCUCUACAUGCAAUCAAUGCUGAUUAUAUCAGAUUUUUGAAACUGGAGGAUUCUAUUCUAAAGCAAAAAACCCAGCUCCAAUGGUUUAAAGAGGGAGAUAGCAACUCAAAAUACUUUCAUUCCUUAUUAAGAGGGAGAAGGAGGAGACUAUUUAUACACAGAGUUACAGGAGAUGAUGGGGAAUGGAUACAAGGGGAUGAGAAUAUUGCAGAUGCAGCAUGCAGCCACUUCCAGCAGAUAUUUACAGCAGAGGAUAAGUUCAUUUAUGAAGGGCCCCUUGAAUGUAUUCCCAGAAUGCUUACUCAUGAGCAUAAUGCCAGCCUUAUUGCUUUGCCUACUAUCGAUGAAUUAAAAGAGGUGGUGUUUUCUAUGAACCCCAAUUCCGCAGCAGGUCCUGAUGGCAUGAAUGGGUGUUUUUUUCAGAAAUGCUGGCAGAUUAUCAAGCAUGAUCUGUUAGCUGUCAUUUUGGCCUUCUUCAGUGGACAAAUGAUCCCCAAGUAUUUUUCCCAUUCUUGCAUUGUUUUGUUGCCCAAAGUUAACAAUCCAAAUAAGCUCUCUGAAUUCAGGCCCAUUAGCCUAAGCAACUUCACCAACAAAAUCAUUUCUAAGCUUCUAAGCUUGAGAAUGGGACCUAUUUUACCCAACCUGAUUUCUCUUAACCAAUCAGGUUUCGUCAAGGGUAGAAACAUUUCAGAAAUAUCAUGCUUGCACAAGAGAUUAUCCAUCAAAUUAAAAAACCUAACAUUGGUAGCAAUGUGGUCAUUAAAUUGGAUAUGGCUAAGGCCUAUGAUAGGGUCUCCUGGGCGUACAUUUGUUUGGUGCUUAGAGAAUGGGCUUUGA